GUCAUCCGGGAAGCCCACGGGACCCUCAGGCGGGCAGGAUGAACGACUGGCACAGGAUCUUCACCCAAAAUGUGCUUGUCCCUCCCCACCCACAGAGAGCACGCCAGCCUGUGAAGGAAUCCACAGCUUUCCAGUGUGUCCUCAAGUGGCUGGACGGACCGAUAAUUAGGCAGGGAGUGCUGGAGGCGCUGUCAGAGGUUGAAUGCCAUCUGCGAGUGUCUUUCUUUGAUGUCACCUACCGGCACUUCUUCGGGAGGACGUGGAAAACCACAGUGAAGCCGACGAAGAGACCGCCGUCCAGGAUCGUCUUUAAUGAGCCCUUGUAUUUUCACACAUCCUUAAACCACCCUCAUAUCGUGGCUGUGGUGGAAGUGGUCGCUGAGGGCAAGAAACGGGAUGGGACCCUCCAGACAUCGUCCUGUGGAUUUGGAAUUCUUCGGAUCUUCAGCAACCAACCGAACUCCCCUACCUCUGCUUCCCAGGACAAAAGGUUGCGGCUGUACCAUGGCACCCCCAGAGCCCUCCUGCACCCGCUUCUCCAGGACCCCGCAGAGCAAAACAAACACAUGACCCUUAUUGAGAACUGCAGCCUGCAGUACACGCUGAAGCCACACCCGGCCCUGGAGCCUGCGUUCCACCUUCUUCCUGAGAACCUUCUGGUGUCUGGUCUGCAGCAGAUCCCUGGCCUGCUUCCAGCUCAUGGAGAAUCCGGUAAGGGCGUCUUUGAUUCUCUCCACUUGGGAAUUGGGCCCCAGGGAGAAGUGGGCUCCGGGGAAGCAGCCUCUGGGAAAGGGGACUCCGGGGAAGGAUGUGGCCCACUGGACGGUGGUGGCCUGGAGAUCCUGGAACGGCGCCUGCGUGUGGGCGUGCACAACGGUCUGGGCUUCGUGCAGAGGCCGCAGGUCGUUGUACUGGUGCCUGAGAUGGAUGUGGCCUUGACGCGCUCAGCCAGCUUCAGCAGGAAAGUGGUCUCCUCUUCCAAGACCAGCUCUGGGAGUCAAGCUCUGGUUUUGAGAAGCCGCCUCCGCCUCCCGGAGAUGGUCGGCCACCCUGCGUUUGCGGUCGUCUUCCAGCUGGAGUACGUGUUCAGCAGCCCUGCAGGAGUGGACGGCAAUGCAGCUUCGGUCACCUCUCUGUCCAACCUGGCGUGCAUGCACAUGGUCCGCUGGGCUGUUUGGAACCCCUUGCUGGAAGCCGAUUCUGGAAGGGUGACCCUGCCUCUGCAGGGCGGGAUCCAGCCCAACCCGUCGCACUGUCUGGUCUACAAGGUACCCUCAGCCAGCAUGAGCUCAGAAGAGGUGAAGCAGGUGGAGUCGGGUACAGUCCGGUUCCAGUUCUCGCUGGGCUCAGAAGAACACCUGGAUGCACCCGCGGAGCCUGUCAGCGGCCCCAAGGCGGAGCGGCAGCCUGCCAGGAAACCACCCACGUCCCCUUCCAGCCCGCCAGCGCCAGCACCUCGAGGUCUCGCUGCCCUGCAGGACUCGCCUGUGGGACCAGGGUUGUCGAUUUCCCAGCUGGCGGCCCCCCCGCGGUCCCCGACUCAGCACUGCGUGGCCAGGCCUACUUCACAGCUACCCCAUGGCUCUCGGGCCUCCCCGACUCAGGCACAGGAGUUCCCGUUGGAGGGCGGUAUCUCCCACCUGGAAGCUGACCUGAGCCAGACCUGCCUGGUCCCGGAAACCUCCAUCGCCGAACAGUUACAGGAGCUGCCGUUCACGCCUUUGCAUGCACCUAUUGUUGCGGGAACACAGACCAGGAGCUCUGCAGGGCAGCCCUCGAGAGCCUCCAUGGUGCUCCUGCAGUCCUCCGGCUUUCCUGAGAUUCUGGAUGCCAAUAAACAGCCAGCUGAGGCCAUCAACCCUACAGACCCCGUGACGUUUAACCUUCAGAAGGAGGAAUCGGAUUGUCUACAAAGCAACGAGAUGGUGCUACAGUUUCUUGCCUUUAGCAGAGUGGCCCAGGACUGCCGAGGAACGUCAUGGCCAAAGACUGUGUAUUUCACCUUCCAGUUCUACCGCUUCCCACCUGCAACAACGCCACGACUGCAGCUGGUCCAGCUGGAUGAGGCCGGCCAGCCCGGCUCUGGUGCCCUGACCCACAUCCUCGUGCCUGUGAGCAGAGACGGCACCUUUGAUGCUGGGUCUCCUGGCUUCCAGCUGAGGUACAUGGUGGGCCCUGGGUUCCUGAAGCCAGGUGAGCGGCGCUGCUUCGCCCACUACCUCGCCGUGCAGACCCUGCAGAUCGACGUCUGGGAUGGAGACUCCCUGCUGCUCAUCGGAUCUGCCGCCGUCCAGAUGAAGCAUCUCCUCCGCCAAGGCCGGCCAGCUGUGCAGGCCUCCCAUGAGCUUGAGGUUGUGGCAACCGAAUAUGAGCAGGACACCAUGGUGGUGAGUGGAGACGUGCUGGGGUUUGGCCGCGUCAAGCCCAUCGGUGUCCACUCGGUGGUGAAGGGCCGGCUGCACCUGACCUUGGCCAACGUGGGUCACCUGUGUGAACAGAAAGUGAGAGGUUGUAGCACAUUGCCACCAACCAGAUCUCGGGUCAUCUCAAAUGAUGGAGCCAGCCGCUUCUCUGGAGGCAGCCUCCUCACAAGUGGAAGCUCAAGGCGAAAACACGUGGUGCAAGCGCAGAAGCUGGUGGACGUGGACAGUGAGCUGGCCGCCAUGCUGCUGACCCAUGCCCGGCAGGGCACGGGGCCCCGGGAUGUUGGCCGUGAGUCGGAUGCCACCCGCAGGCGUAAACUGGAGCGGAUGAAGUCUGUGCGCCUGCAGGAGGCCGGGGGAGAGUUGGGCCGGCGCGGGACGAGCGUGUUGGCCCAGCAGAGCGUCCGCACACAGCACUUGCGGGACCUACAGGUCAUCGCCGCCUACCGGGAGCGCACAAAGGCCGAGAGCAUCGCCAGCCUGCUGAGCCUGGCCAUCACCACGGAGCACACGCUCCACGCCACACUGGGGGUCGCCGAGUUCUUUGAAUUUGUGCUUAAGAACCCCCACAACACACAGCACACGGUGACCGUGGAGAUUGACAACCCUGAGCUCAGCGUCAUCGUGGACAGUCAGGAGUGGAGGGACUUCAAGGGUGCUGCUGGCCUGCACACGCCGGUGGAGGAGGACAUGUUCCACCUGCGCGGCAGCCUGGCCCCCCAGCUCUACCUGCGCCCCCACGAGACCGCCCACAUCCCCUUCAAGUUCCAGAGCUUCUCUGCUGGGCAGCUGGCCAUGGUGCAGGCCUCUUCUGGGUUGAGCAACGAGAAGGGCACAGAUGCCGUGUCACCUUGGAAGUCCAGCGCAGUGCCCGCUAAACACGCCAAGGUCUUGUUCCGAGCGAGUGGUGGCAAGCCCAUCGCCGUGCUCUGCCUGACCGUGGAGCUGCAGCCCCACGUGGUGGACCAGGUCUUCCGCUUCUACCACCCGGAGCUCUCCUUUCUGAAGAAGGCCAUCCGCCUGCCGCCCUGGCACACGCUUCCAGGUGCUCCGGUGGGAAUGCUUGGUGAGGACCCCCCGGUCCACGUUCGCUGCAGCGACCCGAAUGUCAUCUGUGAGACCCAGAAUGUGGGCCCGGGGGAGCCGCGGGACGUGUUUCUGAAGGUAGCCAGUGGUCCGAGCCCGGAGAUCAAAGACUUCUUUGUCAUCAUUUACUCGGAUCGCUGGCUGGCGACACCCACACAGACGUGGCAGGUUUACCUCCACUCCCUGCAGCGCGUGGAUGUCUCCUGCGUCGCAGGCCAGCUGACCCGCCUGUCCCUUGUCCUUCGGGGGACGCAGACAGUGAGGAAAGUGAGAGCUUUCACUUCGCACCCCCAGGAGCUGAAGACAGACCCCAAAGGUGUCUUCGUGUUGCCGCCUCGUGGGGUGCAGGACCUGCAUGUUGGUGUGAGGCCCCUCAGGGCUGGCAGCCGCUUCGUCCACCUUAACCUAGUGGACGUGGAUUGCCACCAGCUGGUGGCCUCCUGGCUCGUGUGCCUCUCCUGCCGCCAGCCGCUCAUCUCCAAGGCCUUUGAGAUCACGUUGGCUGUGGGCGAAGGGAAGGGUGUCAACAAGAGGAUCACCUACACCAACCCCUACCCCUCCCGGAGGACGUUCCACCUGCACAGCGACCACCCGGAGCUGCUGCGGUUCAGGGAGGACUCCUUCCAGGUUGCGGGUGGAGAGACCCACACCAUCGGCCUGCAGUUUGCGCCUAGUCAGAGAGUGGGGGAGGAGGAGAUCCUGAUCUACAUCAAUGACCAUGAGGACAAGAACGAAGAGGCAUUUUGCGUGAAGGUCAUCUACCAGUGAGGGCUUGAGGGUGACAUCCUUCCUGGGGCGCCUGGCUGGGGCCUGUCUGCCCCUCCUGCCCUGCAGGCCGUCCUCCCCGCCUCUCCGCAGCCUUUGACCUCAGGGCCCACCACUUGGCUGAGGAAGCAGAGAGCACGCGCUGGUCAUUUUGCAGUACCUGCGUCCGGCUUAGCUGCUGCUGACACCCAGCAGGCCUGGGUUCCGUGAGCGUGAACUCCGUGGCGUGGCUCUGGUUCUGGUGCUGCCGUCUGCACACGUGGGACCCUCAUUAUCUCUGUUGCUCAAAAUGUAUUUUAUGAAUCAUCCUAAAUGAUAAAAUUAUGUUUUUCUUACUGGAUUUUGUACAAACAUAAUCUAUUAUUUGCUAUGCAAUAUUUUAUGCUGGUAUUAUAUCUAUUUUUUAAAUUGUUGAACAAAAUACUAAACUUUUACAUGUCA